ACAAGCUUUGAAAGUAUAAAUAGUGCGACUUCAAUAACGGAUCGGCAGCAAGUCUGUACACUCUGCGACACGAGGGAUCGUGAAAGAUCACAACAUCUCGCGUUUUAGGCCGGCAGAGAGAAGCAGAGUUGAUGUCCUAUGGUAGACUGCUACGGAUCUAAAACGAAGAUUGUGUGCUUUUCUGUUUCUUGUGGGCAGUGAUGGAAGAACUUACCGCGUUUGUGUCCAAAUCAUUUGAUCAGAAGGUGAAGGAAAAGAAGGAGGUUAUCACGUACCGGGAGGUGCUGGAGGCCGGUUCGGCAAGAAACAGGGAGAGCCUGUCAGUGGAACAGGUCCGCGAGGAGGUGAACGGUAUGACGCGGGGCAACGCGCGGCAAUCGCCGGACAGGGAAGCCGACCUGACAGUGUCAGAGAAAAGCAGGGACGCGAUGAGUCCCAAACUUAUAGAGGAUAUAAAAGAGCGCAAAGAGGAUUGUAAGCCUCUGGAAGACGAGACGCAGACUAAAAUCAAGCAGAGACGGAGUCGGACUAACUUUACCCUGGAGCAGCUGAACGAGCUGGAGAGACUGUUCGACGAGACGCACUAUCCGGAUGCUUUCAUGAGAGAGGAGCUAAGCCAAAGACUCGGGCUGUCUGAGGCCAGAGUACAGGUUUGGUUUCAGAACCGACGGGCCAAGUGCAGAAAGCAGGAAAAUCAAUUACAUAAAGGGGUUCUCAUUGGAGCAGCGAGUCAGUUCGAAGCGUGUCGUGUCGCGCCUUACGUCAACGUGGGAGCUUUGCGCAUGCCAUUCCAACAGGAUAGUCAUUGCAACGUGCCGCCCUUCUCCUUUCAGGUGCAGGCGCAGCUGCAGCUGGACAGCGCCGUAGCCCACGCGCACCAUCACCUGCACUCGCACCUGGCGGCACACGCACCAUAUAUGAUGUUUCCAGGUCCGCCAUUCGGGUUGCCCCUGGCGACGCUGGCGGCGGAAUCGGCAAACGCGGCUUCGGUGGUGGCGGCAGCUGCCGCCGCGAAAACCAACAAGAACUCAAGCAUCGCGGACCUGAGACUGAAAGCAAAAAAGCACGCGGCGGCGCUGGGCCUGUGACGUCAGAACGCGUCGCUUCUCCAGCAAAGGUGGCUUGUUGAAGGAAAACACCAGAACGACAAACAUUAUUUAUGUUUCUUAUGAAGGACGUAACCAGAGGCGAGCUAUUUAUAAGAUGACACGAACUGUAUAGUGGAAGACCUCUGCGUGGAUUCCUUUGCGCGCGACAGAGGGACGUGAGCAGCUAGAAAAUGCUGAUCUGCAAUACAGAACUUUUAUCGAACUUUUGCAGAGUGGAAAAGGAAGAGACAAGAUGAAUCUGAAAAUACUGAUAUAAGGCAGCUGGGACGAUUGUUCGACUGUUUGCGUGACAAAGCGACUUUAAUACUUUAAUGAAAAUAAAGAGGCUGGCCUCGUUUUAUUUGCAACAGAUUUUCUCUGUGGAUAUUUGUGAACUACAUAACUACUAGCUACAUUGAUGUUACGAUCGAGGGUUCUCACUUUUGUCAUAUCAACAUGAAUGAUCCAGUGUUACACAUGCGCUUCUGUCCUCAUGGAUAAUGACACACGAGUCAGUAGGAACUGAACGCUGAGUGAAUAGGUCUAAUCGGUUUAUUAUUUAAAAAGUGUCCGAUACUGCCCAUUCCAAAGGUGCCCAUGUCACUUUUACGCAAACCAGGACUUUACGCUCGGUGUAUAAAUCAAAGUCUGGCAAUAAAUCCUACCUUAUAUGGUGCGGACACAUGUAAAAUAGGCCUAAUGCCAACAAAAUGUUUUUAUUUAUUUUGUGCUUCAUCAAGACCUUGUGGGAACGCUCUGGAUUCUCUUACCUAUCUUUCUUCAUCUCGAUGUGAAAAACCAUGUGAAUCAUUAAGUGUAAUGUUUAUGUUUUUAUAAGGAUUAUAGAGUAAACGCGCGAGGAUGGGUCUCUGAGAGAAACCAUUGGAAGCCAUUUUUUAUAAAAUCUAUGAUUUUAUCAUGACUGUGAAACGUGAGCUCACAUUAACACGAUGUUUUCGAUUUAUAAAAUAAAUGAAAAUGUUUUUUCUUUAACAUCCGUUUUUGUGU